AUUCAAUGAAAGGCUCAAAGAGAGGUAAACAUUCGGGACAGACUAAGCCGAGUGGAACGUGUGUUGAGAAUUCGACCGGGCUGUGUUGGCAACAGCAAUGACGAAGCUACCAGAAGUAAAAAGUUUGGGGGUUUCUUGACGUGCAAUUCUGCGAAUUUCUGAACCGCCUGACAUCAAUCAUCUCAGCAGACUUGAUGCACGUCUUCAGCCUGAGGAGAAGCACUUUACAACCGCGACUGUUUCAACAAGCAUGUCGCCUCGCUUCGGGCUCUACUAGGCGCAUCAUCGCCAGAAACAAACGACUCGCUGCCGAACAACCGCCACGCCCUGUCAGAUCUCCCAACGAACCACGAGAUGAAGAGGAGGAAGCAAUUCGCUGGUUCGAGAAAGAUAUGGAAACUGGAGUCACCCGUCGCGUCGAAGGCAAUCCUGAAGAGCUGGAAGCACAAGAAUUGAGACAGAAGAUUGCUGCGCUGGAAAGGGAGCUGAAGGAAUACCGCAAUGAAGAGUCAGACGAGGAUAUGCUGGCUGCUCUUGAGCCCGCAGACCGAGCAAAAGUGGAAAAGGCCCUGAAGGAGCGCAACAAGCAUGAGGCAGAUCUCACAUCAGGCCUCACCGUCAGUCUAGACAUGCCUCCCUUGACCGUACCGCUUCUCAAGAAAUUCAACCAAGCCCUUCGCGAAGCCGCUAUCGCUCCAGCUAUGAUUACCCGCCGUAAAGAGCUUUGGAGAUGGUACGGUCGUGCAAAAUACAGCAUUCCUGCUCUAUCGAGCAUGAUCCCUAAGAAGGCCUGGCGCCUGCUCUGGGAUCUGCAAUCUGUAGAUUCGCCCACAAACCCCGACCGUCUGGAUCACAUGGAGCAACUCUUGCGCGACAUGGCUGUAAUCGACUUGAACAUCAUGCCCGAUCAGCCUCUGGUUCUCAUCGACACUCUGCUUGCUCUCGGCAAGGUUGAUCAGGCUAUCAUCUCCUGGCAGCAGGCCUAUGACUCCACGUCCGAUCCUUCAGAGUCUCUUCUCAGACUUGGUGUACGACUUUUCUCCGAGAAUGGACGCUUGGAGAAGGCCCAGACUAUAUUGAUGCAGCUGUUCGAGCUCUUCCCUGAACAUGACCCUCGUAUCAUCCUGCCCAUCCUCACCGCUGAUCUUCGUGCUGGAAAGGACGAAAUGGCAUUUGGUUGCUACGUCCUCAUGAGCCAAAAACUUGGCGACAAGAUGAACAUGGAAGACUACGAUGUUGUUUCUCUUACCUUCCUCGAACAUAAUAAGAAGGACUACGCUCUGGCUGUCUUUCGCGACAUGAUGUUGCGUGGUCCCAACAAACAAAUCUCGGAAGAGUUUCUUGGUGUCACAGGCCAGAACGAAGCCUACGAGAAGGUCUUUGAGCGUAUGCAGCGCUUGACUGAGUCUGCAAGAGAUGCCGGUGAGGUCAACGCUAUCUCCCUCAAAUCUCUAAGCGCUCUGCCCACACCAUGGCAUAACAAGUUCUUCUACGGCAGUUGGCUCAAGAAGUUGAUCGGAAUGCGGCAACUCGAAGCCGCCACCAAGGUCGUUGAACUGAUGUAUGAACGAGGUAUCGAGCCAGACCCAAAACACAUCAAUGGUCUCAUCGGAGGCUUCUUCCGCUCUGCCGUUCCGGAGUUGCAGGAGCGGGGUGAACAGAUGGCUUGGAAGAUGAUUCAACAAAGACUGUUACUCAAGUACAACGAGCGCAGGGCAAGACGAGGCGAAAGCACCGAAGUCGUACCCUCGGUGCGCGAGACCGAAGAAGGUGUGGAGAUACCCGCCCAUGUGGCACGUCCAGUACCGACAGCGACCAUCGAGACUUUCAAUGUUCUGGCUCUUCAUUACGGCAUCAAGGAAAAGUGGGCACUGAUUCAUCAUCUUGACCGCAUGAGACGUCCUGCGGAGUACAAGAUGGAUACAGCCUUCUUGAACCACAUACUCAACAUGGUCUUCAACACCUAUCACGACGACUCGAGAUUAUGGCAACGAUUCCUCUCAGAAGCAAAACACGUCUCUCCCGAUAUCGAGACCUACAACAUCCUUUGGACAGCCCAACUGGAGCAUCUCAACCCAAGGCUAAGCAGAAACAAAGACCGCAAAGGCUACCCCACCCCACGUCAACUGUUUGGACUCAUGACCAGCUGGCUUCAACACUACGACUUGAGGAAGCAAGCCUUACUCAUCAAAGAGUUCACUCCGGAAGUCUACGCAAAGAUCAUUUCUAGCUUCUGCUUGAACAAGGACUUUGCUGGGUGUUUGGUCGCUCUGCAUGGCAUUGCCCGCACCUACAAGGAGUUCCCUGAUCCUGAUAUUGCUCGUAUCAUCAUGACUGGCGUUGCGAAUAUGGCAGAGGCUCAACCGACUACAAUCCGCGGUCGUAGAGGUCGCCAACAAUUGCCCGCUUCUGCCGCCCGCCUGAAGAAUACGUCCAAAGUCAUGGCUACUCUUGCACAGAAGCGUGCGGAAGCCGCUCUGGAAAGAGGUGUUGACAUCACUGCCUUGGAUGUUGAGGCUCGCAAGGAGGAGAGUCUGAAUCUGCUGUCCGAGUUUCUCAGAUUGGUGUUGGUCAGAGUGCAUGAAGAUGCUGAAGUGGCGGAGAGUAGUAUUCGGCAGGCUGCUCAAGCCAUGCAGUGCCCGGACAUUGGCACCGGCGACAAGGACUGUUCGAACGUUUAAUACAAAGAGUUUGUACAUUAUGUAGAGAUAGGCAUCUAGGUUUUUGGGUUUUGGGUAUCAUAUAUGUACAGUAGCAUUAUUGUGUAUCAAAACACCACUCC